CACCGCGACUCGGUUGAACUCAACUCGGCUCCACUCGACGGGAACUCAACAGUCGCGACUAAACUUGUGUACGGAGAGCACCACGCCGCCGCGUCGUCAAAGCGACCAUCCCGCGUUCCGCGUCUCUCCUCUCAUAGCCGCCGCGGACAAGCGGAGUCGGCGCACCACCGCGACACGCGCUCGUUCCAACCUUCACCGACGACGUUGCUCGUUUCCUCGGAAGAAUGCGGUUUCGCGUAAAGCGAGCGAAGAAGACGCGAAACAACUCGCGUGGUGGCCCGCGGCACGUCGACGAGUCGCGGAAGAAGAAUCGCGCCUUCGUUCGAAUUUGAAACUUGACGAAUCGAUAUGUCGACAUGCGAGAGGGCAAGAGAGAAAAAGCCCGAGGAGCUACAUAGUUGAAUCUCGAUCGUCGAAGAAGAUCGACGUGGCCUUGUUGUGAACGUCGUGGGAUCAUCCUCGUCGUCGUCGUCGUCGUCAUCGUCGUCGUUGUCGGCGCAAACUCUACAUAGACGCCCGAUAGUCACGGCCAGUCCCGCGUCGCUAUUCUUGAAGCUACCGCAGAAGGGGAGAGAAGCCCUCGGCAAGGGUGGACGCUCGUAACGGAUCGGUUGCUUCCUAGUUUGUCCCGCGUCGCAGUCAGCGAGCCGAGUAACUCGCCUGGCCUGGCCGCGCGUGGUCGCUCCCGUCGACGGACGUAACGUAAAACUCGCCUCGUCGUCGGCCCAUUUUCCGGAGAUUUUCCGAGAGAACACGAAUUCGUCGCUCUCUCUCUCUCUCUCUCUCUUUCUUUCUGUGUGUGUGUGUGUGUGCGUGCGUGCGUGCGUGCGUGCGUGCUCAGUGUGCCGUUUCUUAGAGCGUCGCGCGACGCUAUCACUCCGCCUCCUCGAGACUCUCGCUGCGGAGACACCACGUGGGUGUUAUCGGACUGGAUUUGCCCCCGAGAGGUCGUGGUACGUGGGAGCGAUUACGCGAACGAGUUCAUUCAUCGUGCGGAUUCCAGGCUCGCCGGAAGUGACGAUGAGCGACGACUUCCUCGCCGAGUGGUAGUGCGCCGCGCGGUGCGCCAGUCGAGUGCAUCGUGUGUAUGCAUUCACGCACGCACGCACGCACGCACGCCGGAGCGUGUACUUAACGCAAGAAACACACACACACACACACACACAGGCAGACAGGCAACAGACGUGCACGCACUCGCGCGUGUACGCAUACGCGACCGCGCGUGCUGACCUAGAGGAAGCGAAAGGAGAAGAAGAAAGAGGAUGUCGACUCGCCGGACGACCGCGACCGCGGCGUCGUGCGGCGAGAUGCAGCGUCCUGUUGUCGGUCGACGACGGUCAGUGGCUCUUUGAAGGUUUCGCGUUAUCGACGAUGGUCCGAGGAGUCGGUCGAGCAGAUAACGAGCAUUCGAAACGGCGAGAGGUCGAGCUUCCUUGUGUCUUCUUGGUCGUUGCUCCUCGCCCGGGCGACUCUCCGCGCGAUUAUGCAGCUGAAGAAAGCGAUGCUUAAGAUAUUCGAUCAAUGCCUGCACUUGCGGAGCAUCGAGGAGCCGAGGAUGACGGCGGAAACGGCGGCUCCCUGUGUGCAGGCGGUUCAAGGGGCGCAAGGCGCCAUGGCGAGCCAAAGCAUGCUGCAACAAGUGCAGGAUGGAAGCGGUGGCAGCGGCAGCGGCAGCGGCGGCGUCAGCGCUUACUAUUCCUCCACGUCUACCUCGACGGUGUAUGACCCGGAGUACGCACGUAUGGAGGCCUGGCUCGACGAGCACCCCGACUUCGUCAACGAUUACUUUCUUAGGAAAGCGACACGACAGACCGUGGACAUGUGGCUGGUAUCGCACGCGACGCCGACGUCAUCGUCCAGCAGCUGCGUGGAGCUGUCGAGUCCGACCCACGGCGGAGCGCCUGGUAACACGUCCUCCGGUCGAGGCGGUACCGGCGGCUCGGGUGCCACGACACCGGUGCGCAAGAUCUCGGCGCACGAGUUCGAACGAGGCGGCCUGCUGAAGCCGAUCGUCAACACGAUCGACGGCACACCGACCUUCCUGAGCGUGUCGCCGGGCGACACCGGUCAGCCGGCCGGGCCGCAAGUCGGAUCUGGCAACUCGAGCCGGCCGCAGAGGCGUUCGAGACACGAGCUCAGGCACCUCGACGAGAAGGAUCUCAUCUUCGAGUUGGUUAAAGACAUCUGUCACGAGCUGGACGUAAGAUCGUUGUGCCACAAGAUCCUGCAGAACGUGAGCACGUUGCUACACGCGGAUCGCGGCUCGCUGUUCCUCGUUCAGGGCGAGAGGAGCGGCGCUGCCGCGAACGCGCCCGCGUCCUCGCCGAAUCACGAGGUCGCCGCCACCGCCGCCGCCGCCGCCGCCGCCGCCGCUGCCAACAAUUCCGACAGCGAGAACUCGCGAUGCAACGACCAGCAGUGCUACUCGAGGAGCAGGUGCCUGGUGUCGAAGCUCUUCGACGUUUGCUCGAGGUCUACAUUGCUGGAGAUGGAGAAGAAGGACGAAAUCAAGAUCCCCUGGGGCACCGGCAUCGUCGGCUACGUCGCUGAGAGCGGCGAACCCGUCAACAUACCGGACGCUUACAAGGAUGCGAGGUUUAAUCGCGAAAUUGACGCGUUAACGGGAUACCGUACGCGAGCCUUACUGUGCAUGCCGAUAAAGGACUGCAACGGCGACGUGAUCGGGGUGGCGCAGGUGAUAAACAAACUCGGCGGCGAAGGGCAAUUCACCGCGCAGGACGAGAAGGUCUUCGCCGGUUAUUUGCAGUUCUGCGGUAUCGGCCUGAGAAACGCGCAACUUUACGAGAAGAGCCAAUUGGAAGUGAAGAGGAAUCAGGUUCUACUGGAUCUGGCUAGAAUGAUCUUUGAGGAGCAAAGCACGAUAGAGCACAUGGUUUUCAGGAUCCUCACGCAUACGCAAUCGUUGAUUCAGUGCCAACGUGUUCAGGUGCUACUGGUGCACAAAGCUUCGAAGGGAAGUUUCUCGCGAGUCUUUGACUUCGAGGCGAACGAUCUCGCUGGUGAGGAUUCCGAUUCUCGCACUAGUCCGUUCGAGAGUAGAUUUCCUAUUAACGUCGGCAUCACGGGUUACGUAGCGACGACCGGUGAAACUGUUAACAUACCGAACGCUUAUGAAGACCCGCGAUUCGACCCAAUGGUGGACGAUGGUACCGGCUUCAAGCAUCGUACGAUUCUCUGCAUGGCCAUAAAAAAUUCCUCCGGUCAGAUAAUCGGCGUCAUUCAACUGAUCAACAAGUUCGACGAUCUGCCGUUCACGAAGAACGACGAAAACUUCGUCGAGGCAUUCGCGAUAUUCUGCGGUAUGGGAAUUCACAAUACACACAUGUAUGAAAAGGCUGUGAUAGCAAUGGCGAAACAGAGCGUCACUCUGGAAGUACUGAGUUACCAUGCGUCGGCGUCGCUGGAAGACGCGCAGAGACUGAAGACCAUAAGAGUUCCGUCGUCGGCGCAUUUUCAACUGCACGAUUUCAAGUUCGACGACAAAUACAUGACAGACGACGAUACCCUCUCCGCGUGUCUCAGGAUGUUCCUCGACUUGGACUUCGUCGAGCGGUUUCACAUCGAUUACAUGGUGCUUUGUCGUUGGCUGCUCAGCGUGAAGAAGAACUAUCGGAAUGUUACCUAUCAUAACUGGCGGCACGCCUUCAACGUCGCCCAAAUGAUGUUCGCCAUUUUAACAGCUACGCAGUGGUGGAAGAUCUUCGGUGAGAUCGAGUGUCUCGCGCUCAUCAUUGCCUGCCUGUGUCACGAUCUCGACCAUCGAGGAACGAACAAUUCCUUCCAGAUUAAGGCCUCUUCGCCACUGGCGCAGCUGUACUCGACGUCGACGAUGGAACACCAUCAUUUCGAUCAGUGCCUCAUGAUCCUGAGCAGCCAGGGCAAUCAAAUCCUAUCGAAUCUUUCGCCCGAGGAGUAUUCACGCGUGGUGAAGGUACUUGAGGAAGCGAUACUCUCCACUGAUCUGGCCGUUUACUUUCGGAAACGCGGCGCCUUCCUCACUAUGGCGCGCAACGGCGCCUACAACUGGGCAUACACCGAUCACCGAGAGCUCCUACGCGGUAUGCUGAUGACGGUUUGCGACUUGGCUGCCAUCACGAAACCCUGGGACGUUGAAAAAAGAGUAGCCGAACUCGUUAGCAGGGAAUUCUUUGAACAGGGUGAUAUAGAGAGGAAAACGCUCAACAUUACACCCAUCGACAUAAUGAAUCGAGAGAAACAAGACCAGUUACCGAUGAUGCAAGUCGGUUUCAUCGACUCGAUCUGUCUGCCCAUCUACGAGGCAUUCGCCCUGCUGUCGGACAAGCUGGUGCCGCUCGUCGAUGGAGUUGCAGAGAACAAGCGACAAUGGCUGGAGAUCGCCAAGACCAAGUGUCAGGCGGAGAACUGUACAAACCACGACAGGACGCCAUCGCCGUCCGUGUCCGAGAACGAGGAGAUCAUCGAACAAGCGGACCAAUAGUCGUCGUGCGAUCGACGUCACUGGCUACUACUAUUGAACGCACAAAAUUGCAGCUGUGUAGUGCUACCCGCCAGUCUCGUCGGAAAGGGAAACACGAGGAAUAGUUGAAGUUGUUACGGAGCGUCUUUCUCCGUAGGAAAUACACUUUCGCUUUCCUCAUCUCGAUCGUCACUGUCUCUGUGUGCGCUGCGAAGCCGCACAUUGCAUAACGAACGUACUCUACUGCUACUUCACUUCCGUCAAUUAGACAUUUUUACGGAUUCUACAGAUCUGCUCUGAUCAAAUAGACCAAAUAUACAUACAAGCUUCUCGAGUCGAAUCGUACAUGUUCAAAAUCGUUCUGUAAAUUUGAUAUACGUUGAAAAAAAAAAAAGCGAAACGUCGAGCAGACGAUCUCACGACUGUGAAGAGAAAAGAUCCUCGUUCGUUCUUUUUCUCUCUCUCUCUCUCUCUCUCCCUCUCCCUCUCCCUCUCUCUCCCCCUCUCCCUCCCUCCUCUCUUACUCUCUCUUUUUUUCUCUUACCUUAUUCCUGCAUCUUCUUCCUCUCUCUUUAUGCGCCCAUCUACCUGUUUUCCUAGAUGCUAAACCAAUCAACCUCUAUAUGCUACUAUUGUACCUGAUUGUAUUGUACAUAUAUUUACUAUGACAGCCUCUCGAUGUCAAGAGAGGUGGAAACAGAGAAAAAGAGAGAGAGAGAGAGAGAAAGAGAGAAUGAAGAUGUACGUGGUGAUUCUAUAAAACGUGUAUUGCACAAUAGUUUUUAACGCGACGCGGCACAGCUCAGCUCGGCUCGUCGAAGGACGCAAUGGCGCUACGCGUAAUUAGGUUAUAUGUAUUUGUAUACCAAAGUGUAAAUUUAUAUCAGGAUCGAUCGCGCGGCUGCAAUUAGUCGCCGAUAUAGUGAUUUGAACGGUCUGUAACGCGCGUGCUAAUUAAUUAGCUGAUUGAUUAGCAGAGGAACGCCGCGACAGACAUAGUACCUGCAAGCUUCUCAGUUGCUUUCUGUCUUUGCUUUCCUGUUCCCAAGAUGUCGUAGAUUCUUCGGAUCGAUCGCGACCCGAACGUCGGUCGUUUUCGUCUUCGCGUGGAGCUGUUGUAUCGCUCAAGAUAUAUAAGAAAUAAUCGCGUUAACAUGUUCUCAGCAACGAGAGAGAAAGAGAAGGGCCACCGUCUACAUUACCUUGCCUUUAACACGCAGAGAUUGCAGAAAGCUAUACACAUACAUACAUACACACACACACACACACACACACACACACACACAUACAAUACAUACAGAGGUUUAGGAUAUCUCUUCUCUUUGUUUCUUUGUGUCUGUGUAAUAACUACUUUCGCUGAUUUUCGCUAACAAUUCGCGUACAUAACGCAAUCGUGUACGUUAAAGCCCAUAUU